GCCGCAGCCGCCACCACUACUAUCAUCCGCAUCGGGACCCCUGUCUCCAUCCCGGCCAUCGACGUCCAUCGCAUGGCGACUCCUGCCCUUUGCCGCAGCCGCCGAUGCCCUCCACAGGAACCUGGCCGCCUCCCCUGAGGAAAUCUGGAGCCGGUGAAUCCUGCAUCGACCCCAACACCCCUCCCGCAUCGGCCGCAAGCAGGAGCCGCCGACAGCACCCUCUAGCGUCGACCGCAAGAAGCACAAGCAAAAGUUGUGUGGUGCUGCCUCUCCCAUCUCAUGCACGAGGAUUAUUUAUAGGGACUAGACUGGAUCUACUAUCUCGAUCUGAAUACCUUCUCUAUUCUAGUGCUAGCUUAUUCUCAAUACCUUCUCUGAUCUAGUGCUAGCUGAUGAUUGAGAGCAUAGUUGCUUGGAUUUUUCAUAGGCACAGAUCUGGUGGUACCUUGUGGCUGGACUUGAGAGAAGUGCUAGAACGUGUGACUGGGAGAAGCAGGACAGCAUGGAUUUUUAGAUCCCGUUGAACAAAUGCUUGUAUAAUCUCCACUACUAUCGAUAGAGCAGCACUUUGAUCUCUUCCGUUAUUUAUUCUGCUUGAGGAAGAAGGGAGCAGUUGGAAGCUCCAAGAUUGCAGGUGGAGUAUACAUCAAUCUUCGUGACGGGAUAAAAAACCGUUACCUCAGUUGCCCGUGAAACACCUCCCUCACCGAAUGGUACAAGAGGUGGUUCUACAUUAGGGAAGAACCGAGCAGCGCCACUUUUUGCGACGUUGGAUAUAUUCCCGAGAAGAGGGUCAGUUGGACAGAUCGGCCCGAGUACACCGUUCAGGUGUCGGAGUUGAUGACCCUGAUCGACUGGUCCCACCUGGACGAACCAGGAGUGGUCGGGAACUUCCUCGUACGACGAGUAAUGCCCUGCCAGAGGAGGGUGCACUCGGCGUACGAGUACGCAGGAAGCCAAGACCCGACCAGGAUGCACCGGGACGGUUUGGAGAAGGCGGAGGUCCAGCGGUUGAUGAACGAGUUAUUCAACCUUACAGAUGAUAAUUUCGUUCGAAGUGAUGAUCGAAUGCUUGCCUUCACGCUGGGCCGACCAGCUCCUAAGAUAGGAGAUAUCGACCAGUGCUCGUUGUACGUGUCGCUAGCACCUGGUAUGGACCAUCCCAUUGGGGUGGACCCGCCGCCAAGCAAUGCUGCUCGGUGCCUCCAAUACACCAGCAGCGAUGAAGACCAGCGCCGACCAGCACCGACCAUCGAGGACAGAGUGGCAGAGAAGAGGCCAAUGACUGUGGAGCCAUCCCCCACGGAAGCAAACCCAGCGGGGACGGCUGUAGAUCCUUUGAUGGGGCAAGGCUCGACCAGCCAAGGCCCAAAACGCCGCCGGUUCGUGAGGAUCGUCGACGACGGCGAUGAAAAGGAUGAGACUGCUCCGUCCUUGGUCAGGAGACCAUGGAGCCGCCCCAACGUCACGUCGAUCGACACUGGUCGGGUAGCCAGUGACCCGCCUGCCGCACACGUCGAGCCAGUGCGUCUCGGAGGAGCAGAAGCAACGGCUGCAGCUGGGAGGACCAGGAGAAGGUUCUUCACAGCGACGCACCGGAGCUCCGACCUCAUCGGAUGUUGAUCCGGGCAACGUCACCGGCCAGAGAGCAGCCAAGCCGGCGGUUGUCGAUGAAAACGCCGCUGAGCAGACCGCCCACGAGCAACCCGAGGAGCAGCCCGCGGUUGUGACCGUGGCGGAGACUGCUGAGGAGAACCCGGCUCAAGUAAAGACCCGAGCGAGUACCCUGACAAGGGACUACGAGGCCGCAAGGACACCUCCCCCGAGCAGCGUCGUAGAGGAGGGAGAAAAAGUCCCGACUCCCCCUCUAGCUGAAGAAGAGAGGGCCCCAACUCCAGUCCCAGCGGAGGCUUCUACACCGAAGGGCUCCCCUAGCCGGGGUAAGGGUCCUCUGAUACCCGUUACCACGGCUGGGGUAGCGCGGAGAGCGAGGAGGCGCAGGCAGCCUCCGAUGACGAAGUGGAGGGGAUCCAGGGGCGCCCCCAUGAUGGUUGCCAACAUGUUUUCGUGUGGCGCCAGCGUGGGGACCACUGGGCCGGUCACGAGGAGCUCGCCGAGACCGAGGAGGCGGCGAGGGUAGAGCGCGCUGCCAAGUGGCUCGUUGAUGA